AUACAAGAAGACAAAGAAAUACAAGAAGAUAAAGAGAUACAGGAAGAUAAAGAAAUACAAGAAAGUAAAGAAGAAAUACAAGAUAAAGGAAUUCAAGAAGACAAAAAAAUACAAGAAGAUAAAGAGAUACAGGAAGAUAAAGAAAUACAAGAAAGUAAAGAAGAAAUACAAGAUAAAGAAAUACAAGAAGACAAAGAAACACAGGAAGAUAAAGAAAUACAAGAAGACAAAGAAAUACAAGACGAUAAAGAGAUACAGGAAGAUAAAGAAAUACAAGAAAGUAAAGAAGAAAUACAAGAUAAAGGAAUUCAAGAAGACAAAAAAAUACAAGAAGAUAAAGAAACACAGGAAGAUAAAGAAAUACAAGAAAAUAAAGAAAAAAUACAAGAAAGCAAAGAAGAAAUACAAGAAAGCAAAGAAGAAAUACAAGAAGAGGAAGAUAUAAAAACAAACAAUGGUGAAAAAAAAAGAGAAAGUGAAAUAAAUGAUAUAAACAAAGAAAAUAGUCAAAUUAAUAUUGAUGAAGUUCUAAAAAAUGAAAAUAAUGUAACUGCAAAAAUUGAAGUAGAAAAGGUAAGCAAGUUUUAUUUGCAAAAUUUUGAUAACAGAAGUGAUUGUGAAGAAGAAAAAAAGGUUGCUGAUUUAGUUACUGAAGUUAUAGAAGAGAUAUCUUUGAUUGAAUAUAAAGAUAAAAACAGUCCUAUUGAUAAUAAUGGAAAAAAUUGUGAGCUAUCUAAUGUUUCUAUAUAUUGUACACAAGUAGAUAAUGCAUGUAUCGAUUAUAAUAAAAAAAAAAUAAAAAAUUUAAGUGAUGCAUUAAAUAAAAAAGAAAAUUUAAGUAGUGAUACCAAUAAAGAUAUAGACAAAAAUAUAAAUGAUAAUACAAAUAGAAAUAUCAUUAGCAAUUCUACUAAUUUACACAAUAUAUCUACGAAUUGCGAGAAUAAUAUAACUGAUCAUCUAAUAGAAAAUGGGGAAUUGCAAGAGAAUGCUAUGAUAAAUGAAAAAAACGAAAAACCUGAAUUUUUAACAUAUGUAAAUAAUUCAGUAAUAGAUAAUUUAAAUGAUACUAAGGAAAACCCAUUAUCUGAAUGUAACAAAAAAUUCAGUGAAAAUUCCAUUGUAAAAGAAGAAUCAUUUAAAAAUACAAAUUUUAAAGAAUCGCAAGUAUGUGAACAAAGAUUAAAUGAAAGUGUUUAUAAAGAAAAUUUAGCAAAAGACAUAGAAAAUACAAAAUUUAGUGCUGAUAAAGAACAAAUUGUACAUAAAAACAAUGAUGAAGUAACUAAAAAUAAAGAUAAAAAAAAACAUAAAAGAAAAAAGAAUAAAAAGAAUAAGGAGAGGUGA